AUGCCAGACAUUUCUCAUUCAGACUCUGCUUCUAAUACCCAAGCUCAUAUCCAUGCCGAAUUAGCCGCACAAAACGCUACCUGGCUCUCAUCUUUCCAAUCUCAACAUCCAGGCAUUGUUCCUGAGCAAACGGCCUUGGGACAAUCGCCUUCGUCAUUUGUCAUCACCUGUGUCGACUCUCGUUAUAACGAAUCGGCUCUUGGGUUCUUGCCCGGACAAGCACUUGUGUAUGCUUCCGUCGGUAAUCUUUGUGACACAAAAUCAUCCGCUUCCUCUUUUCUAUCCACUUUGGAAUUCGCUGUGAAUCUUCUCAAAGUGAAACGUGUAAUAAUCUUGGGUCAUACUGAUUGUGGUGGUAUCAAGGCAGUAAUCAAGUUGGAUCCACCAUCUCACGAUGAAGCCACUGCAAACCCUCAUUUUUUCGGCAACUUGAGUGAAUUUUAUGAGUUGAAAAAUUCCACUCUAGCUAAAAACUCGUCUAUAAAGGAGAAAGAUUUACAAAGUGUUUUGGAAUUGGAAAAUGUUAAGUCCCAGACUUCCAAGAUCAAAUCUUACGUCACCGAUGUCAUUGGUUCAACAGAUGUGGAAGUAGUCGGGAUGUUGUACCAUGUAGAGGGAGGCCAUGUAGAAGGGGUUUGCUAG